GAAGCGAAGGAAAUGAUGGAAGAACGGCAAGACGUAGCUCCACACGGCGUCAUACUGGCGGUGGUCGUCGCCACCGUCAUUCUCGUCCCUUUCUUCCUCGGCGACCACGGCGAGGCCCUCACCGAGGCCAUUUCCGAUCUCCUCAGCCCCUUCGGCCUCCUCCUCCUCCCCAUCCUCCUCCUUCUCACCAUUCAGUUCCUCUCCUCCGAUCGCGGCUCCGUCGUCUCCGCCAUCUUCUCCACCAGCGAGCCCGACUCCAUCCACCGCGUCACUGGCUCCCCAGUCGGCGUUGCUCUCUUCCUCCUCCUCAUUCUGUUUCUCCUCUAUAACCGGAUUUCCAUCUUCGGCGGCGACGAUGAUUCCGGCGACUGAAAUCGGUUGUUAGAUCUGUCUCUUCGGCUACUCCUUGAACUUUUUUUUUUUUCUUUGCCGGAAUUUUUUCUUGUACUGUGUAGAUGUAUGCCGCCUGAGAAACAGGGCACGCGGAAUGGAAUGUAAAAUGUCGAUUUCUUGCUUUUAA